UAUUUUUAGUCUUCUCCAACAACAAGACCUAAAAGACAACAUUCUCUGCAAAUGGGUCUCGAGAAGAGAGGAUACCCAAAUUUGGAUUAUGCCUCUCCUGAUACCCAAAAUAGAUCUUCUGUAUGCAUACUCUGUUGGAGGUAUUGUGUUGGAGACCCAUUUUAGGUUUGGGUUUCCAAAUGCCUCUGCGGUUGGAGACAGCCUAAGAUUGGCGUUCCAUUGCCUGCAACGCAAGAGUUUUUCUUCUUCUUCUUUUGUGAUUUGAGGGCAUUGCAAAUUUGCAAUGCAAGAGCUCGAACUGGGUUUUUUUUUUCGAGAACAUGCGCGGCAUGUAGAGCUCGAACUGGUGUGAUAUAUACAACCAUAAACAAAGGAUAAGUGGCAGCUAGAUUGAGCGGUGGCCAUCCACUCGCUCAACUGAACUGACCACUAGCACUUUCAAGUGGUUUUCAAUUUUUUUUCCCUUGAAAACCGGACAUGCUCACAACCAGAUUUGUGUGUACCGAUAAAGAAAGGAGGGGAUGAGAAUAGCGUAUCAUUAAAGUAGACACCACUUGAAAGGGAUCGGUAUUUUAUUGAUUAAAGUUCAAAAUUUUGUGGUUGGUGGACUGCCGAAAGCAACAACUCCACCAAGAUUUGUUGUACUCAGCGGUACUCAUGUCUUUUUAUGCCCUAGUACUGGAGUGGUUACUAGUAUAAUCAUAUUCCACCUUUUGUAUAUCCAUUUUUAAACUGGUUCUGCAGAGAUCCCAUCUCUCUACAGAUUUCCGCACAUUGCAUCGAUGGGAACGCGGUGGGCGUGCUGGACGACGACCCCGUGGGGAAGCUGAAGGUGUUCGUGUACGAGAUGCCGCGCAAGUACAACAAGAUGCUGCUGGACAAGGACAGCCGUUGCCUGCACCACAUGUUCGCCGCGGAGAUCUUCAUGCACCAGUUCCUGCUGUCGAGCGCGGUGCGGACGCUGGACCCCGAGGAGGCCGACUGGUUCUACACGCCCGUGUACACGACCUGCGACCUGACGCCGCAGGGCUUCCCGCUGCCGUUCCGCGCGCCGCGGAUCAUGCGGAGCGCGAUCCGGUACGUGGCGACGACGUGGCCGUUCUGGAACCGGACGGACGGCGCGGACCACUUCUUCCUCACCCCGCACGACUUCGGCGCGUGCUUCCACUACCAGGAGGAGCGCGCCAUGGAGCGCGGCAUCCUGCCGCUGCUCCGUCGCGCCACGCUGGUGCAGACGUUCGGGCAGCGGAACCACGUGUGCCUCCAGGACGGGUCCAUCACGGUGCCACCCUACGCCGACCCGCACAAGAUGCAGGCGCACCUCAUCAGCCCCGGCACGCCGCGCUCCAUCUUCGUCUACUUCCGCGGCCUCUUCUACGACAUGGGCAACGACCCCGAAGGCGGGUACUACGCCAGGGGCGCGCGCGCGUCGGUGUGGGAGAACUUCAAGGACAACCCGCUGUUCGACAUCUCGACGGAGCACCCCUACACGUACUACGAGGACAUGCAGCGGGCCAUCUUCUGCCUGUGCCCGCUGGGGUGGGCGCCGUGGAGCCCCAGGCUGGUGGAGGCGGUGGUGUUCGGGUGCAUCCCCGUCAUCAUCGCCGACGACAUCGUGCUGCCGUUCGCCGACGCCAUCCCCUGGGAGGACAUCAGCGUGUUCGUGGCGGAGCGGGACGUGCCGAGGCUCGACUCCAUCCUCACCUCCAUCCCGCUCGCCGACAUCCUGCGGAGGCAGCGCCUGCUGGCCAGGGAAUCCGUCAAGCAGGCGCUGCUGUUCCACCAGCCGGCAAGGACAGGGGACGCCUUCCACCAGGUGCUCAAUGGGCUGGCGCGCAAGCUGCCGCACGGCGACGGCGUGUUCCUGCAGCCCGGGGAGAAGGUGCUCGACUGGGACGCCGGACUCGACAGCGACCUCAAGCCCUGGUAGUACUAGUACUAGUGUACCACUUGUUGUGCAAUCUGUUCAUGUUCGUUUCUUCUCUUUGAUUUGACAUCGGUGGAUGGAUGGGUGUAUCACGCAUUAGUUUUUGUACCACGGCCCGUUUACAUGCAUAACAGCAGCAGUAUAAUAUAGAGGGUAUAUUCGUCGGGAGAUGUCAAGUUCAGAUUAACGUAUAGUGAUCGCUACUAUGCAAGUACAUCAAUGAUUCAAAUGUGACGUGAUUUCGCAUUUGUAA